AUGUCUGCAGUUAUCAACUCAAGGCCUUCGUCAGCUGGAAACGCCAACAGCAUAGGCGACGAUGCUAGACCAACUUUGCUGCACAAAAUCGAAGGCCAUGUUGCUCGUAUAAACGAUGUGGUUCUUCUUUCAAAAGAGGAAGGCGUAUGGACAGCCAGCGAUGACCGAUCCGUCAGAUUGUAUUUAAAGAGGGAUAACGGACAGUUUUGGCCUUCCAUUCACAAAAUUAUGCCAGUAGCACCGACGUGUCUCCACUACAGCGAAGAGACUUCAAGAUUACUAGUGGGACUUUUAAAUGGUCACGUGUACGAGUUCUUUGUUGCUGACGACUACAAUUCCAUGAGUGAUCCUGAAGUGCGCAGGUGGUCAAUACAUGCUGGACCUAUUUCUGGGCUAGGGUUGGCGCUGAGUGCCGAACUUGUGUUCAGCUGUUCAAAGGACAAAUCUGUUGUUUGGCAUUGUUCAGAAACGGGCAUAAAGCGAGGUGCUUUUCACUGUGAUAGCAGUUGUACAGCAAUGGCUAUCGAUCUUCCAUUUGUAUUUAUUGGCGAUCAUGGUGGUAACGUCGUUGUGUUGAGGCUUAGCGGCGAUACAGCUCAGAUGGUCAGCAAAUUGAGCGCACAUACAGGUCCAAUCUCUUCCUUGGCCUGGAAUCGAGUGAAGGAAAUCCUCUAUUCGGGAAGUCACGACAGUUUAGUAAUAAUGUGGGAUAUUGGAGGGAAACGAGGAGAAGCUUAUGAACUGAACGGACAUUCCUCGAAAAUCACUUGCUUGGCUGUUGCUCCAGCUGCGGCUCGACUCUUCUCAGCUGACGAUACAGGCAAACUUGUUUGCUGGGAUAUGUCUGCGAACAGGUUAGAGACACCAGGAUGGAAGAAUUCUGACAAUUGCGAGAUUUGCGAUAGUCCUUUCUUUUGGAAUCUUUCCGCAAUGUGGCAGCGCAAGGUGGUUGGCCAACGACAACAUCACUGUCGAACAUGUGGAAAGGCGGUGUGUGGAAGUUGUUGCUCAAACUGGACAGCAUUUCCUCGAAUGGGUUACGAGUUACCAGUUCGUAUCUGUAACGAAUGUCACAAAAAGAUGGAGGAAAGUCCGGAACUUUUCGAGUAA